UAUUACUACGUCAUGAAGGUCAGCCAAUCACCUCCGCGAACAGGAAGCGCUUUGCGACAGUGUAGUGACAGUUUACGGCACCUGCGCUCAUUCCUGUGGAGUUGACGUUAUGAGAGCUUAUUUUGAGUAUGUUUUAUUGAAAAGUACCCGCUGCUGUCACCCCAGGAUGGAUCCAGUGGUUCUGAGUUACCAGGACAGUCUCCUCCGGCGUUCAGAUGUGGCGCUGUUAGAUGGUCCUCACUGGCUCAACGAUCAGGUGAUUGGAUUUGCCUUCGAGUACUUCACAACCGAACGCUUCAGAUGUCUGGGCGACAAGCUCUGUUUUAUCAGCCCCGAGGUCACCCAAUUUAUCAAGUAUGCCACCAGCCAAGAGGAGCUCGCCAUCUUCCUGGAGCCGCUGAUGCUUGGGUCCCGUCGCUGGGUUUUCCUGGCCGUCAAUGACAACUCCAACCAGACUGCCGGUGGAACUCACUGGAGCCUGCUUCUGUUUCAGCGAGACAACAGCCGGUUCAGCCACUACGACUCUCAAAGCGGGAGCAACUCCCUGCACGCCCGCCGUAUCGCAGCCAAGCUGGAGGCUUUUCUGGGUGUUCGGGGUAAAGUGGCCUUUGUUGAGGAGCAGGGUCCCUCACAGCAGAACAGUUAUGACUGCGGCAUGUACGUGAUCGGUAAUGCCGAGGCUCUUUGCGAGAACAUUGAAGUCCAGGGCUGUGCCCACCUGCCCGUUCAGAUCAUAACACCCACCUACAUUACACGGAAGAGGACAGAAUGGCAUUCACUGAUACAAAGACUCACCAAGGAAUGAAUGAGUGACAUCAGCAAAGUGACACACAUUUAUUUAUCAUCCAAAAAUAACACAUGCAUGAUUGCAGAAGAAUAAAGUCACAUGGGUUUGGAAGUUUGUGGUGAAUUGCAAUCUUUUAUCCAUUUAUGUAUACAUUCAUUAAAUAAAGUGAUCAGUGUAUCCUAUCAGUUAGCAGCACAAGUUAGUAGAUUGAGAAAUCUUUGCACCCUGAGAUAUUAUGAUGAGGCCUGGCCUAUAGACCAAUUUCGUGUUUGCAAACAGAGAUGACGUUUUUUGUGGGCGGAGCCAAACUGGUUGCAGAAAGUGACUGCUCCGCAGUAGGGUUGUGAAGUGUUUUAGCAUUAAACCGUGAUUUUUAUGGAUCCGGUGUUCUGUCGAAGUCUGAUUCCUAUAUGUUUCCCUUUAAUACAUGUUUCUUAUAGCGUUUUAAUCACGUUACGUUUAUUUUUUUAGAUAGAUAAAAAGUUUAAAUGGCUUGGCUACUGAUAUGCAUGUAUGUAAUGUAUAUGUAUUGUUCUUUUUUGCUAAAUCAAAUAUUUUUACAGUCUGAAUCGCUAAAGUACAUGUAAAAGCAAUAAUAUCAUGUAUUAUAUAUAAUAGCGUUUAUUAAAUAUUUCAUAAUUUUCCUGUUUUCUAUUAUUUCUUCCUUAAUAAAUUAUAAUUGUAACGUGAUAAAAACGCUAUAAGAAACACAUGGAGGGAACAGACUUCGACAGAACACCGGACAUCUUCUCUACUUAUUUUCUAUUCUAAUUAUUAAAAGAUUUCCAGAUGAUUUCCUUGCUCCAUUCUGUCCGUUUAAGGGCUUAUUGUAAUCAUAAACACCUACGUUUAUCUUCAAAUGAUGUCUUCGACGAUGGUAUUCUAUAAAAAUGAAAGCCAUCUUUUUUGGCAUUCUUAUUCUGACACUUAACAGCACAACAGCACAUUUUCCAGUGAGUU